AUGAAAGUGAUUGUUGAUAAACAAGAAGAAAAUUUUGAGGCACUAGUAAAUGAUCGCAUUGAAUCUUUUCAAUUACAAUCUUUGACACUGCAAAGUCUACCAAAUCUUACUUGUUUUGCCUCAAGUAAUAAUAGAAAUACAAUAAGAUUCGAAGAGAUCAUUCGGAAUAAUGAGACCGUUGAUCCCAUGGAACUUUUCAAUCAUAAGGAACAGGUUGCGUUCCCCAUGCUUGUUGCGAACUUAACGAGUUUGAUCGUGGAUGGCUGUGGUGGUUUAAGAUUCUUGUCCUCGUCUUCCAUGGCCAUAAACUUUGUGCAACUCAAAAAGCUUCGGAUAAGCAGAUGCCAAAAUAUGGUGGAGAUAAUAUCAACAGAAGAAUAUAAUGGCAUUGAAGAAAAGAUAUUGGAUAACAUGUUUCCCAAACUAGAAUCUCUGGAGCUAGAUAUUCUUCCAAACUUGGAAACAUUCUGCUCAUCACCAACUUAUCUCAAAUUUUCAUGUUUGAAUUCCUUGAUUAUAAAGGACUGCACAAAGCUAGGGCCAUUUAUCCUCGACCACAUGAGCAAAAGUAUUAGAGAUGCUGCCGUUCACUAUUUGUUUGACGAAAAGGUUGGUUUUCCUGGCUUGGAGAAAUUGGUUAUCAAAGGCCUGCAUAAACUGACGACCUUAUGGCACACCCAACUUGAUCCAAAUUCAUUUUGCAAACUCACUGAAAUCUUUGUUGAGGAUUGCGAAAGUUUAAUACAUGUUCUUGUGCCCCGUAUACUAAAAAGAUUGGGAAGUAGUGUCUGUCCAAAUCUUUGUGAAGUUGAAAUAGUCAACUGGAGAUGUCUAAAAAAUGUGUUCCCAGCCUCCGUGGCCAGAAAUAGAAAUCUUGAGAAGCUACAGAAAUUGUAUGGUUCACUCCCAGUAGUAGACUUCUUCAAAAUGAAGCAUCUCUUCAUUUUCUGCCAACGCAUUACAUCAGCAGUUACUCCAUCUGUUUUAUUUCGGAAAUGUCACAAUCUUGAAACACUUGGUAUGUACGAUGGAAAUUUUGAAGAAAUAUUUAUCCACGAAGGAUCUUUGGAUGGGGAAGAACAUCAAGGUUGGACUCUAACGCACGUAAAAACUCUCCGGAUCAAAAGAUGGGUGAAUUUGAUGCAUGUAUGGAAAGGCAACUCCUAUCUUGCAGAACCAGUUUUUCCUAAUUUGGAAACUCUAGCGGUGGGUGACUGCCCAAGACUAAAGAAUAUAGUUUCAUCUGCUAUAUCCUUCCGUAAAAUUAUGGAAUUGGAAGUAGCCAACUAUGAUGGAAUGAAGCAUUUACUCACAUACUCAGUGGCUAAAAGCUUCAUCAAUCUUGAAAAAAUGACAGUCCGAAACUGUCAAAGAAUGAUAGAAAUUGUUUCAACUGAUGACGACCAAGGCGAUGGAGAAAAUGAAAUUACUUUUAGUCGGUUGGAAUAUUUGGAACUUUCUGACCUACCAAAUUUAAAGGGCUUUUGCUCUCGAAAUUACAAUGUCAGAUUCCCUAUUUUUAUAACCAUAGUAGCGUCCCACUAUAUGGAGAUGAAGAUUUCUUUUGAUGGAGUACUCCUAGAUGAUUCAAAACGAGAAAAAGUUCAAAUAAUAGAAGAAGAUGAUGAUGAUGAUGAUGACAACAGCGAUCGUGAUGAUUAUGAUGAUGAUGAUGAUAGCCGUCAUGGUGGUGGCGGUGGUGGUGGUGGUGCUGGGGUUUCAAAUUUCUGA